AUGAUCAUCUCAUUUUUAAAAGAUCUCUCUCGUGAUUACGAAUCAUUAUUGGAGAAUGGAAAUUUCUCGGACGUUGUCAUCCGGGUCGGCGGCGAAUUCAAUCAUAUCAAAGAGUUCCGGGCGCACUCGAUGGUUCUAAGGGCGAGGUCAUCCUAUUUCAGAAUCGCUUUAUCAGAUAACUGGGCUAAGAGAGUCGAAAAUGUGAUAGUGUUUGAGAAGCCCAACAUUCAUCCAAAAGAAUUUGAGGUGAUCAUAAAAUACAUGUAUAGUGGAAUAUUCAAACUUAACUCUGAAGAUUUAAGAUUUGUGGUAAACAUUUUGGUCGCGGCGGAUGAAUUGGGUCUUUCAGAAUUGUUUGAUUGCAUACAAGAAUACCUAAUUCUCACCAUGGAAAACUCUUUACUCCAAAAUUUCGGAUUAAUUCACAAAAUAGCAUCGCAGCAUGAAUCAUUUAAGAGGCUACAAAAAUUUUGCGCCAAUGCCAUCACUUACCUCCCCUAUACCAUAUUCCAAGCUGAGGAUUUUGAUUUUCUUGGACAGGAUGCACUGAUAUCAUUGCUCAAACACGAGGAUCUUCCGAUCGAAGAAGGGGAAGUUUGGGAUAUCAUAAUACGAUGGGGUAUGGCUCAAAUUCCAACAUUACCUUCGGCCAUCACGGAUUGGACCUCAUCUGAUUUUGAAGAAUUAGAGAAUAUACUGAAACCCUGCAUAUCCUUGAUAAAAUUUGAACACAUCAGUCCAGACGACUUCAUAUUGAAAGUCGAACCAUUUCGAAAGAUCAUGGAUCGAAAUCUAUACGACCGAAUUUUAGAAUAUCAUUUUUUGGCGAACUCUAGGCCUAGGUCUUCAAACAUGAAGCAUCGUGGAGUUGACUCCCUAUUGAUUGGACUAAGACAUGUGGUACAUUUCGCAAAUUGGAUCGAUAAUAAUACCACUUAUACCACUGAAACUUCACCUUAUAAAUUUGAUUUAUUACUAAGGGGUACCAAGGAUGGAUUCACCCCCAAGAAAUUUCAUUCGAAAUGUGAUUACGAGGGUUCCACCUUGAUCAUCGUUAGGAUCAAGAACACCAAUGAGCUCUUGGGCGGCUACAACCCUUUGGACUGGAAGAGUGAUAAUACUUAUGGACAGACGAAUAAGAGUUUCAUAUUUAACCUGAACUAUAACGAUCCUUCGAUGUCAAUUGUAUCCCGACCGAUAGCUUCAAACCCAAUUGGAAACAAUGAGGUUUAUGGGCCUUGCUUCAGGAUCGAUCUAUACUUGGAUUAUUAUGAAUUUACGAAAAAGUGCAAAUGUAGUUGCAGUCAACUUCACUACAGCAAACCGAUCCUUAAGAACAAUGGGCCGGCUAUUGCCGAGGUCGAGGAGUACGAGGUUUUUAAGGUGAUGCGAAAAAAGGAUGCAUAUAUCUUUUGA